AUGAGUUCCUUCGCGAACAAUGCCGGGAGCUACCGAAACAGGACGCUGGGCGCGUCGCCCAAAUGCCAAAACAUAAGGCACAAGGUGAAUUCGGUGGAGAACGGGCCCUCCGUCUUCUGCACGCUCUGUGCCCUACCAUACAACGCCAAAAUUAGACUAAACCCCUGCUUCCACGUAAUCUGCAGCAAGUGUUACGAGCUGUGCGCACAGCAGCAAACCUGCUUGGUGUGCAAUGUAGAAAUAAAUGACAUAGAGUUUCUUUUUGUCGGUGAAAAUAUCUUUGUAUGUCCCUAUGGUGAUUGCAAAAAGGGCUUCCUCAAUUUGAAGUGUUUCCAUUAUCACAUUCACUUCAAGCACCAGUUUUUAAAGUCAACUAAUUGCUACCCCGAAGGUAGGAGCAGCAGUACCAUCACGGAUCGUCAGAACACUAGAGGAGGAGGAGGAGGAGGAGAUGUUUUGUCCCCUCCAAGCAAUGAGCCUUUUCCCACCUCCUUUUUUGCAAACAGCGAUGGAUUGAAUACUUACCCUGCUAGCCAUGAGGACAAUCAGGAGUAUAAUCAUGACGCUGGAAAGAAUGACCCAAGUGGAAGUGCAACCAGUAUCAGCAUAAGUCGUUCCACCGGUGUGAAUGCCUCACGUGGGGGUACCCUCCCCUCGGCAAGGGACAACACUCUCUUCAAUGUGCACAAUAGUAACCCACUUAACAGCUUCACAGUGGACAGCAAAAAAUUAAGUUUACAAAAUAUGGCCCUUGGUGGA